AUGGCACCAACCGCCUCCAGUAGCAAUCAGGCCGCGAAGAAAUCUACGGGUGCUCCAGAGAAGAAGUACAAGUGCCAGUUCUGCAAUCGCGCUUUCAGCAGAAGUGAACACCGCAGUCGCCAUGAACGAUCACUCCAUGCUAAGGAUGGAGGGAUCCCGCUUGUAACGGAGGGUCGUCGACGUGGUGGACAGAAAGCGGCGACAACAUCAAAUACUCCGUCGAAGCCUUCCAUCACAAUAGACCCCGCGGCUCUGGGACAAAUUGAGGCAAGCAGCGACGGUAUGGUUGACAUUGAAACUGCUGCGAUGUUAAUGACAGACUUCCAACACAAGGCCGCUGCGGCAGCUACCAACCAAACCCAUGAUGGUGACUGUCGCGAUACCUAUUCCCCCGAUCGCGCUGUCAUUCUCGAGCCUUCCGUCGCAUAUCUGUCGGGUAACGCAACUUUGCCCCAAAUGCCAUGGGAUACUUUCAUGUCCACGCCAGAUGUCAAGUCACAUUCGAUAUCAUCAAGCCUCACAUCUCAAGACUCCAAUCGCAACCAUCACCACAGGUCGUCUCUGGACAGACAUGGCAUGGGUGCAGACAGCCUGACUCCUGCGUUGCAUUCACUGGUCAACUCGCUUCCAGUCUCGGGAAAUUCGACGCCAAACGCUCUUCCCCCAUUCCCUUCGAUGACUGGGCCGCUGUCUCCAGUCAACUAUCGUCGAUCGCCUGGUCCAAGCCAAGCCUUGACUUUACCUAAGGCUCCCCAGAUUGCGGACGAUGCUGAACGAGAUGCGAUUAUUGAACAUGUUAAGAGUAACGAUGCGGUUGGUUCCCUCCCUGAUACCUUCCAACUACCAUCAACGGCCGCUUUGAAUCGGUAUUUGGCGACGUAUUUCAACCUUUAUCACCACCAUAUACCCUUCCUCCAUCAGGAAUCGUUCGCCCCUUCAGAAGUUUCGCCACCGCUACUUCUCGCAGUGCUGUCCAUUGGGGCCCUGUACACUUUUGAACGCGAGCACGCCUUCAUGCUUCAUAUUGGAUCAAAGGUCCUUGUUAAUCAGUUCCUUCAACAUAAAGAGAAUUUCGAUUCAAGAAAAUGUCCUCUCUGGGCAAUGCAAAGUACUCUGUUGAAUAUGAUCUUUGAAAGCUGGAGCGGUGACCCGAAGGGCCUAGAAUGGACUUGUUCGAUCAAGAGUCUGCUCGCCAAUAUGGUUGCCGGUAAUCGUUACCAGUUGAAGCUUCGCAUAGAUGCUAGAGAAGGCGCGCGACCGACCCGUGAGCAAUGGAUCGAAGAUGAGGGCUGUCGACGAACUUACUACGCCGUGUAUAUCUUCUUCGGAAUGCUGACGCUUACAUUCAACCAUACACCGGCUAUUAGCUUUGAUGAGAUCGAGUCACUGGAACUUCCUUCGUCAGAGUCAAUGUGGAACCUGGAGAUAUCGAAUGAAGAUGCUUGGCGCCGAUGCCUGGGCUCAGCUGCGCCUACUGUCACAGUCAGAGAAGCCCACGACAGCCUUUUCCGUGGCGAAUCCCUGAGAUACAGCGCGUUUGCCACUCGUGUUAUGAUCAAUGCGCUUUUCCUUCAAGUCUGGUCCCACAAACGCAGUUUUCAGGCUCUCCAGGAUGUUGUAACGGAGUUCAAGCUACGUCUUGCGAUCGAAACUUGGGAGAGCUCUCUUGAGUUGUGUGAACCGGAAACCAUCGUUGUUCCGCUCAGUACCCCGCAAAAGAGCCAUCCGCUGAUAUUCAAUUCGAUGGCCGUUUAUCGAAAUACUCGUGCUCGACUUGAAGUUGACUUGAAAUCGAUACAGGAAGCCCUCCGUUACCAUUCGUCUUACGAAGUUGCUGCUGCCAUGACAGUCGCACGCGAGAAAGUCAAGCGAUCCCAGGAGAUGAACAAGGUCAUCCAGCAGUGCUUUGAAUGCAUUGAAAUAGCUGCCAUUCAAGGCAUCAAUUGGGUUGCGAAAACUUCCGCAACUAAUUGGAGCGUGGAACACCCCCUCUGUGGUUUGGAUAUGAUGGUGAUACUAAGUCUCUGGCUCUACCGUCUGGAACAUGACGAGGAACAGGCUACUGAAGCUGAAAUGGCUAUCUACAACAAAGUACGGAAUCUCUUCGAUGAUGAUGCUGUUGAUGCUUGUGCGUCGAAUCUCAGUUCUACGGUCGCACGUGUGUGGGGCAACAUACUGGACGGCGUGGUGGUUUGGGGUAUUACCAAGCUCAUGGGCGAGUCGUUCAAGCUUCACUCACAGGCUUUGGUUGGAUAUGAGGAUUCAAUGGUGACCUCGACUUCAGAGCAUGUACUGGAGCCCAUGCCCACACAGGGCCUCGCGAGUGUUGGAACAGCAUAUUAA